CUAAGCGCGGGGGCACCUGCCGUCGGGUGGGAUGCGGUCCCGCCGCGGUCUUAUGCCGGUGCCCCCUGCUCGGAGCAAGGGCCGCAGCGGGGAAGGCGCCUUCCUCCCGGCGGGGCCACUGCGGGCGAGCGUCUGGGCGCCUUCCUCACAACGCCCGCGAAGGUGAAGGUUUCAUACGGUGAAUUUACGUUUACUAGCCCAGUUUAGCUUCUGUUAGUGAGCUUCCACAGGCUCUUUACGGUGUUUACGGGCUACAAACCGUAGAUGUAGAGUCAGUUUCCAGCGACAUGCAGUAUUUCUUCAGGAAAACUUGGGGUGCAGCUGAGGAAGCUGCACUGCGUAGGACAUGGAAUAAUUUAACAGUGGUAUUUGUUACAGAAAGGAAGGAUAAAACAAGCACCCUUUCUCUGACAGAGUAAAGGAAAAUACGUUAAUAGUUCAUUAUUCUUCAGACUUGUUGACAGAUGAGCUGAUUUUCUGUUUGUGGAAGACUUGCUCUCCUGAGGCUAUUGUUCUUUUAGCACAUCAGAUAUAUCCAGCUUCCAGGUUUUGAUGUAGCUGAUGGAUUAUAGUCCUGAGUAAACUCGAAAUCAAACCUCAUGUGGAAUCAAGAAAAGUAAUAUUGCAGCAAUUAGAGCCUGUUGGAGCACUAGGAUGCUGAAUAGUUUUCCCCCUAUAUAUACUGUCAUGCUGAAAAUCAUCUCACUCUUUCGUAUUAUUAAUGAGCAAACUUUCACGUUUAACAAAAAGUGGAAAUAAUUGGUGGAUUUAAAAGUCGUUGUUAAUGAAACCAAAUGAGGUUUUAUGCAAACGUCAGAACUAUGCAUUUUAAAGUAAAUUCAAUGAGCUAUGAAAUACUUUAAAAUUUGAACUUAUUAUUAAGAAAAUUUGAGGGUGUAAGACAGCUCUAACACAUUAGUUGACCGUUGGAACUGUUGAUAUUUACUUUGAGUGUGGUAGUUACAGUGAAAGCUGUGUGUGUGGUCAGUGACCUUGCAGAAACAGGAAAUAAUAAGUACAGCUGCAACUUUUGAAUUUCUAGCAGUCCCAAAAUACAAUGAAAAGCUAAAGACUGCAGCCAUAGAGCAGAAACUGACAAUUGACUUUUACAUAAUACACCAAUGCUAAGAAGCAGCUCUGGUAACACUGAUGCAAAAGUGUCCAUGGAGAAAUAAUGAACCAGAACAAAAUGUUUUAAUGCAUGUUUUUCUGUAUUAUGGAAGAUAUUGUCAUGCAACAGGGUUCAGUAGAAAGAACCCUAGCUAUUUCUAAGUAUUGUUGGAUGCUAAUUUUAAAAAGGUGUUUUGCAGAUUGUCUGCGUACUCAUUAGUCUUUGUAUGAGGAAAAAAUAGCACCUGUUGGCACUGAAUAAAAAGAUCGUGCAUUAACAUAGUGUUCAGAUUUGUUAGAGUAGAAAAGAAUUGGCAAAUAUGUAAAGUAAUUUAAAGCUUAGGUCUAUUUGUAACAGCUGUGUGGACAUACCUAGAGAUAUUGUUUGGGGUUUAUGUUUAAUAUUCAAAUAAUGGUAGGUACAUUCACUUGUGGGAUGCACUUCCUUGUAUUAUCAAUACCAAUAUAUGUAGAUGUUGUGAAGAGAUUCUUUUCCAUUUUGCCUGCCUUGAUUGUUUGUGCUCCCUGUAAGCUUUCUGAACCCUUGCUUUAGGAUAAGCACCACUUCUGUGUGGGUGCAGUGUACCUGGAAGGUGCCGUGUCCCGAGAAGGGGAGGUGUGCAGUGCAGGCUGGUGGUUCUGCUGCACAGGGGCUGGCUGUGUGCGGAACCUGGAGUGCAAGGGAAGUGUCCUGUGGGUGUCUCAAGGGGGUCAUUGUCCCCUGGGCCUGGUGCCCUGAUGGCUGGUAGUGGGGAGAAUGCAAAUCCCAGGGGUGAGGUGAGGGUGUCCCACUGUGCUAGUGACCAGCUUCCCAGUAACCCAGGGUGGAGGUGCAAUGUUUAGCUCGGGGUCCAAUGUUUAGCUCAGGGUCCCGGGGGUGCUCAUAGGGUGCGCUGGGUGCUGGAAGAGCUUCAGAAACUUAGGGGUGAGGAGGAAGUACAGUGGUCCCAGAGUUUGCCAGGAGGAGAGGAGACAGUUGGCAGUCUGGCAAGUGUCGAAGGUGUGGAGUGGUGGCAAUUGCAGUGAUGUUUGUGUGUGUAAAGAGGUUGAAACCCACUGUUGAAAAAUUACCUGCAAGCAGAGAUGGAUCUUGCAGUAAGCACUGGGGAUGAAACCCCAGCUUGGCCUGAGUGAUUUUUAUUUACUCUUGAAAGCUGACUGCACUGCCGAGACACGAAUGCUUAAGCUCCUUUCCCUGGAGAGCAUGCGAGAUCAAGAAACUACGUUUCAGAAUCUGAAGUGUGCAAACUGGAAUCUGUACCCUUGGAUUUUGGCGAUUACCAUCCACUAAAACCCAUUACAGUUACUGAAUCCAAGACUAAGAAAAUGAACCGUAAAGGAAGUACUUCUUCUACCUCCUCCUCUUCUUCUAGUUCUAUGUUGGAUCCAUUGAGCAGCGUGUUGGAUGGUACUGAUCCCUUGUCGUUAUUUGCAGCAGCUGCAGAUCCUGUGACAACUACUGCUACGAUGGAUAGUACACGAAAGAAACGGGAUAAAGAUGACAGCCCAGCAGUAGGAAGUGACUUUGAACCAUGGUCAAGCAAACGUGGUGAAAUCCUUGCUAGAUACACAACAACAGAGAAGCUCUCUAUUAAUCUGUACAUGGGAUCUGAAAAAGGAAAAGCUGCAACUACUGGCUCAGCAGUUUCUGAAAAAGUGAGGACAAGGUUAGAAGAACUGGAUGAUCUGGAAGAGGGGUCACAGAAGGAGCUGUUGAAUUUGACUCAGCAGGAUUACAUGAACCGCAUUGAAGAACUGAACCAGUCUUUGAAGGAUGCUUGGUCCUCUGAUCAGAAAGUAAAAGCUCUGAAAAUAGUCAUCCAGUGUUCUAAGCUUCUUUCAGACACAACAGUAAUCCAGUUUUAUCCAAGUAAAUUCGUUUUAAUUACAGAUAUCCUUGAUACUUUUGGGAAACUAGUAUAUGAAAGAAUUCAGUCAAUGUGUGUGGACAAUCGUGUCUCUUUGCCAGAUAAUUUUUCUCCAGAGUGUGUUAACGAUACAGCCAAAGAAACUUGCUUAAACUGGUUUUUCAAGAUUGCUUCAAUCAGAGAACUCAUUCCCAGAUUUUACGUGGAAGCAGCAAUACUGAAGUGCAAUAAGUUCCUAUCCAAAACGGGAAUUUCGGAAUGUCUCCCACGGUUAACGUCUAUGAUUAGAGGAAUUGGAGAUCCACUGGUUGCAGUCUAUGCAAGAGCAUACCUUUGCAGGGUUGGGAUGGAAGUGGCACCACAACUCAAAGAAAGCCUUAACAAAAAUUUCUUUGACUUUCUUCUAACAUUUAAACAAAUUCAUGGGGAUACAGUUCAGAAUCAGCUGAUAGUACAGUGUGUGGAGAUUCCUUUGUAUUUGACUCUAUACUCCCCUGCUAUAGACUGGAUUUUGCAGUGUAUUGCAUACCGUGCUCCUGAAAUUCUUCUUACUGAGAUGAUGGAGAGAUGCAAAAAAUUGGGGAACAAUGCUUUGCUGUUGAAUUCAGUCAUGUCAGCAUUCAGAGCAGAGUUUAUUGCUGCAAGAUCUAUGGACUUCAUUGGCAUGAUUAAGGAAUGUGAUGAAUCUGGAUUCCCAAAGCAUCUCCUCUUUCGCUCCUUGGGAUUAAACUUGGCAUUGGCUGAUCCUCCUGAAAAUGAUUGCCUUCAAAUAUUAAAUGAAGCCUGGAAGGUUAUAACAAAGCUGAAGAACCCACAGGAUUAUAUCAACUGUGCUGAAGUGUGGGUGGAGUAUACAUGCAGACAUUUUACGAAGCGAGAGGUCAAUACAGUUUUGGCUGAUGUUAUCAAGCACAUGACUCCUGAUCGAGCAUUUGAAGAUGCUUACCCACAGCUGCAGUCAAUUAUUCAGAAAGUUAUUACCUAUAUUUAUGACUUCUCCCUGCUUUUUUCAGUGGAGAAAUUCCUGCCAUUUCUGGAUAUGUUCCAGAAGGAAAGUGUGAGAGUGGAGGUUUGCAAGUGCAUUAUGGAAUCUUUUAUUAAGCAUCAGCAGGAGUCUACAAAGGAUCCUGUUAUACUCAAUGCUCUUCUGCAUAUCUGCAAGACGAUGCAUGAUUCUGUAAAUGCACUAACACUUGAGGAUGAGAAAAGAAUGUUAGCAGCUUUGAUAAAUGGAUUCAUAAAAAUGGUUUCAUUUGGCCGUGACUUUGAACAGCAGCUGAGUUUCUAUGUUGAAGCCAGGUCAACAUUUUGCAAUCUGGAGCCUGUUCUAGUCCAGUUGAUUCAUUCUGUGAACCAGCUAGCAAUGGAAACAAGAAAAGUGAUGAAAGGAAAUCAUUCCAGAAAGACUGCUGCGUUUGUCAGGGCUUGUGUUGCCUUCUGCUUCAUCACAAUUCCAUCUCUGAGCAGUAUCUUCACGCGUCUUAACCUGUAUCUACACUCCGGACAGGUUGCACUGGCAAAUCAGUGCCUUUCACAAGCCGAUGCUUUUUUCAAAGCUGCAGUGAGCCUUGUUCCUGAAGUGCCAAAAAUGAUCAGUGUAGAUGGAAAGAUGCGACCUUCUGAUGCCUUCCUCCUGGAAUUCCUUUGUAAUUUUUUUUCCACAUUAUUAGUUGUUCCGGACCAUCCAGAACAAGGAGUGUUGUUUCUUGUGCGAGGAUUACUAAAUGUGAUCCAGGAUUAUACCUGGGAGGAUAACAGUGAUGACAAAAUCAGGAUUUAUACUAAUGUUUUGCAUCUGCUGUCUGCAAUGACUCAAGAAGCAUAUAUCUACCAUGUAGAUAAAGUUGAUUCCAAUGAUACCCUGUAUGGUGGAGACUCCAAGUUCCUGGCUGAAAUUAAUAAACUGUGUGAAACAGUGAUAGCACAGAUCCUGGAUCAUCUGAAAACCCUUGGAAAAGAAGAGACACUAAAGCGACAAAGCCAGUUGGCACUCUAUUUCUUUAACACUAUUCUAGCUCAUGGGGAUCUACGAAACAAUAAACUAAACCAGCUUUCAGUCAAUCUCUGGAAUCUUGCUCAGAAACAUGGCUUUGCUGACACCAAAACUAUGGUGAAAACGCUAGAAUAUAUCAAGAGGCGAAGCAACCAACCUGAAAUGAGUCACUUCACAGACUUGGCCCUUCGGCUUCCCCUGCAGUCCAGGACCUGACGAAUGCCUCUUCCACGGGGCCAUCUGUACAAGAGAGCAUGGAGCUCACUGAUCUACAUUCUGACUGGAGAAGUUCAGUGUAUUUUUAUUUUACUUAGUGUGACAGAUUUACUUGGACAGGUAAAGGUAAAACUGUUCUGAGUACAAUAAUUUUACCUGAAUUUCUGUCUCCAGUUUUUUUACCACUAUAUUCUUAUUUUAAAUGCUGAUUUAGAUUCAGUAAAGGACAUUUCGAACCUCUAUCGUUGAAAAAGCCUUUUGAAAUCUAAUCUCUUGUCAUUUUAGCAACAAAUGAAGAUAAUCUGCAUGGAUCGAUUCAUAGCCUCCAAACUUCAUCCCACUUGCAGAAGUCUUUCUCCUGUGUAGAAAGCAGCAUUUCAAUAUAAUAAUCCUACUAAGUUGUCUUUCUGCUUUGGGAUGCUGCCGACAUUUGUUUGGUCAGUUCCAGAGAAAAAUGGCCGAGGUGUUACUGUUCUAAUUUCUACAAUACAUUUUCACUGACGUGUUUAUGCUUUCAUUUUAGUUCAGUGGUGUUUUGUAAAAUGGAAGGAAAUCUUUAAGUGCUGUCUGCAAAGGAAAACAGAAAUGUAUGCAAAGUACUCUAUAUUUGCAAAGUACACUAUCACUGAAUAAAACAAUUUGCAGUUCAUCCGUUUGUUCUGG